AUGAACUCCCCCGUUUUACUGGUAUGGACCUUCCUGUCGAUUCUGGUCUCCGCCCUCGGAACCUAUUCCUUCAUACAACCCGUCUGGAUUAUCACUCCAAAGCAAAGCGGAACUUUUGGACUCAUCAGCACAUGCGUCAGAAUUCUGGAUUUAACCAAUCAGGACUUUGGCAAACAGAAGUGUGAGUUUUACGGCGGGUAUUUCAAUCUGGGCAACCUUCCAUCCGGGGCCUGGCAGGCGUCCUGUACCCUGUUUGGGGGCGGUUGUAUCCUCUUGUGUUGUGGGGCAUUCCUGGCCGUGUGUACGUCAUGCAUUCCACACGAGGCUGUCAAGUCGGUUACGGUCAUGGCAGGUUAUGUCCAGUUUAUAGCAG